AUGGACACCAAAGAGCACUUUGAUUUCCAUAUGAGCGGUCAUUACGACGCAAAGUAUGUGUGUCCGUUCUGUGCAUAUACGGGACCAACCAUUCAGACAAUCAAACGGCACAUAAACACUGAGAGGGAAAACGCGGCCAAAUAUGUGGCAGAGAAUAGACCACUGAAUGAGGACUUGAAGGCACAUAAGGACCAGAAGAUCUACAAGUGUUUCGGUUGCAAAGUAUGCAACAAAAUACACGACAAACUUGAGAAACGGUGCGAACAUAUAGACGAGGCCUCUGACAAUGAGUGCGAUUUCAUGCACGACAUCGACUACCAGUUCAAAGAUCACCUCAAAAGGCACUUCAAUGAGCUGUUCAAAGGUAUCAAAGACAAGGACCAGAGGAGGGAUAAAAUUCGACCCAUUGUUGACAAGUUUGCCGAAGAGAUGUAUUUCGAGAACAACGCAAAGAAGAGGGUUUUGAUCGAUAAGUUCCAGUCGAAAGACAAAGACGACAAACCAAAGGAUAAACCCAUU